AUGCCAGAGCCUCGUCGAUCGGGCCGUCAACGCAAGGUCAACCCACGAUAUGCCAAUGACGGCUGGGACAAGGACACGUUGCGGACUCUCCGGGCCGAUUCCACAUCAUCUGGCUCAUCCCCCGUCGAGGAGGGAUCGACAUCCUCAGACUCGAACGACGACAGCCAUGUGGUAAACCACGUGUCUGCGCAAGAAGAAGACGACGACGAUGCGUCUGUUGCCUCUGCUGCCUCGAUACAAUCCUCGGACGUCGAGACACCAGACCCGGAGGACAAUGAUGGGGGUAUGAGCUUGGCGUCUGACGAGGAUGCACCAACCCCUAAACGACGAAGUCGGCCGUCGCGACUACCGUACGCAACACCCGCUGGUGGCGAGGCAACCCGGUCGCGGGGCAUACAGCCUCCUUCGCGGCUCGGAAAGAGAUCAGCCUAUGCGAACAUCUUUGGACCCGAGAUCGACGACCUGCGUGAUGUUCUUGUAGCUAGGGACACUUGGCUAAAGGGUCAAGAUGUCACAAUUCCGAGCAGGCAGACGCUGGCCUUCGCCAUUCAACAAUCACGCGAUCUCGACCAAUGCGACACUGGGAGCAAUAAGGACUCGGCACCAGAAGGGGAGGACGACGCCUUUAUGAUGGGUUCGUUGUUUGACACGGUGCGUAAUCACCAAGUUUUGGAGCCAAUUGGCCGGAAGACUGUCUAUGAGAAGUACCUGUUACAUGACAUGCCAGCGCACACGGUUGUUCUUGGUGCUCGGGGAAAGCAAACCAAAUUUGGGCUUGAUUAUCUCUCCCCCUUGGAUAUGGGGAAAGCCUGGCUCGAUCACGAGAAGCCCGGUGGUGGUCAAACAUUGCAGGACGGAGAACCGGCUACCCAAAAGCGAUAUCAUCAAGCCUGGCUCCUCAAUGUCGGAGAAAAGGUCCAGUGCUUCGCAUGGGCUGUUUCGGCUCGUUCGGUGCAGUAUCUUGCCAUUGCCGUCAAAUGCACCUCAUCCCAGAGACGAAUGGCAAUCUCUGGGAGAGAAUGUGAGCGCCCGGCUUUCCAUCCCUCACCAGCUUAUUCGAGCAGCAUUCAGAUCUGGGCCUUUCACACAACACCCACCAGUGUCGAGAGCGUACGGACACUGGCAAUGGACGAGGAGCCCAGCUUAGCGGUCGUGAUUGGGACUGAAUGGGGUAACAUCCGUCAGCUCAGGUGGUGCCAACUCGACCCUGACACAGAGACCCUCCACAAGAACACCGUCAAUCCGACUAUCGGUCUCCUUGCGGCUAUCUCAAGCGACGGCCACGCUCGUGUUAUCGCCGUGCGGCGUCCCGAAAGUCGCAAGGCCAGGACAACACCAAUCACCAUCCGGGUGGAGAGGGCUGGCUUCGACAUUCCGCCUCCACGGGACACUGUCUUCACGACGCUGGCGUUCGCCGGACCCACGAACCUCAUGCUCGGUACCGCAGACGGGUUUCUUCAUUCCUUCGAUUUGACUGAACCGAUGAUGAGUCAAGGAGCGAACAAUAUCCCAAAAUGCUAUAUGAAACAACAACUUCACCACACGCACGUCAUUUCCGUCUGCGCGGCCUCGCCUGGAAGCCCGCAAUCGACGUUCCUGGCCAGCACUUCUGCGUCUGGCGAUCUCGCCCUCACCGACCUGCGCAGUCCCGAACAUGACUGCAUCCACGUGCCUCGCCCCAGUUUUCCGACGCGAGACCUCAUCUACGCUCCCUUUACACACUCGUUCAUCACAUUGUUGGAUUCCAGUGGAAACACCCAGAUGGAGAGGAACGCGGCCACAUUUUUGGUGUGUCACCACAUCCGACAGUUCCCGAACUUGUUGAAGGUUGCCAGACUGCCGCACGACACGGGCGCGGCGACCGCGCUGACGGGCUCACAAUGGCACCCGUGUAUUCUGGUCGGCAACGCGAAAGGUCAAGUCCUCGCGACAAACUACCUGCGCAAGGUUCUCCCCUACCGCAAAUCCGACCCCAAGAAAGCCGUGUGGGCGUACUUGCAAAAGAUUUGCGAAUAUGAUUGGCGACCGCUGACGCCGCAGGAGCGCCGGAGCCAGAGCCAGCGCCAGAGCCAGAGACACGGAAGAGACAGGGAAGACGGUCCACCACCACCACCAUCACCGUCACGGGCUGCCAUCGAACCAACCACCCAGGAAGACAUCGACAUCUACCACGGCCACGACACCCGCGCCGGCAUGUCCCGCUUCCACGAAGGUUUCAAGCCCGAGAAAAUCGAAGUCGCACCCUUCCAGCCCAGCGCCAAAAGAUCGAAAAAGACCGCCGCGAGUGGCGAGUUGGGCCAGGCCGUCUUUGAAGAGGAGCAGGCCGUCACCGCGCUCGAGUGGAAUCCCAACUCCACAUGCGCGGGCAUCGUGGCUAUCGGGUGGGCGAGCGGUGUGGUGCGCGUGCAGGAUUUGGCGUAUGACUUUCCCUCCUCCGCCUAG